CCUUUUGUGGCCGCAUCGCGCCUCCGGGCGAGGAAAGGUCCCGCUUUCGCCGGAGGGGGCCCCGCUGAGGGUCGCCUGAUCAGCGCGCGCUGGGCCUUCGGCUGCGACCCUGAAGCGAAGGAGAAUGAGCGGCGCCCGGCCUCCUUCCCGCCUGGGCCUCGCCCGGCUUGCGCGCUUCACCUCGAUCGGAGGAAGGGGGGCGACUCCGCACAUUUGGGGCACAGGCGGGGCCGUCCCGUUAACCGCCGGGAAACAACCCUCGGCUUUUGCCCCUCGUCCUCCUCCCGCGGGUGAAAGGCCAGGUUUGAAGCGUUUGCCGCCCGUCGGGUGGCUUUCCUUUAGGAGGAAGCCCGGUGGAAAUCAGAAUCACCAAUAAUAAAACACGCGAGGGAUGGACGGGUAGGAUGGCAAGUCUUAGGCGCCGGCUUGAGAUCGGUGGGCUCGCUGGCCGGUAAAAUCUGCGGUGUGGAUCGAGCCUCCUCUUCGUUCUGUAGGACGACGGCGUUGAAGCACCGAUUUCCGAAAAGAAAAAAAAACCCACCCAUAACAAAAGCGAACAGUUGCUGCUGCAACUUGCUAUUUUUUCCCUCCCCCCCCCUUGUUGGAAUCACUGAUGCAGCUUUCAGCAUAAUAAAAUGGCUAAUCAGGUGAAUGGUAAUGCGGUACAAUUAAAAGAAGAGGAAGAACCAAUGGAUACUUCCAGUGUUACUCACACAGAACACUACAAGACACUGAUAGAGGCAGGCCUCCCACAGAAGGUGGCAGAAAGACUUGAUGAAAUAUUUCAGACAGGAUUGGUAUCUUAUAUUGAUCUUGAUGAGAGAGCAAUAGAUGCUCUCAGGGAAUUUAACGAAGAAGGCGCCCUCUCUGUAUUACAGCAGUUUAAGGAAAGUGACCUGUCGCAUGUACAGAAUAAAAGUGCAUUUUUAUGUGGAGUUAUGAAGACUUAUAGACAGAGAGAGAAACAAGGAAGCAAAGUACAGGAAUCAACAAAAGGGCCAGACGAAGCAAAAAUUAAGGCUUUGUUAGAACGAACUAGUUAUACUUUGGAUGUGACCACAGGACAACGGAAAUAUGGUGGUCCUCCCCCAGAUACUGUCUUCUCAGGAUCUCAGCCUGGCAUUGGAACAGAGGUUUUUGUUGGAAAAAUUCCUAGAGACUUAUACGAAGAUGAAUUGGUGCCACUCUUUGAAAAGGCAGGACCCAUUUGGGACUUGCGACUCAUGAUGGAUCCACUUUCUGGACAGAACCGAGGCUAUGCUUUUAUCACAUUUUGUACCAAAGAUGCAGCGCAGGAAGCUGUUAAGUUGUGUGAUAACUAUGAAAUCCGACCUGGGAAACACCUUGGUGUAUGCAUCUCAGUGGCAAAUAAUAGGCUAUUUGUUGGAUCAAUUCCAAAAAAUAAAACAAAGGAGAAUAUACUAGAAGAAUUCAGCAAAGUCACAGGUGUUUUCUUAACAGAGGGUUUAGUUGAUGUAAUCCUAUAUCAUCAACCUGAUGAUAAAAAGAAGAAUCGGGGGUUCUGCUUCCUUGAAUAUGAGGAUCACAAAUCAGCAGCUCAAGCUCGACGCCGAUUGAUGAGUGGGAAAGUGAAAGUCUGGGGAAAUGUUGUGACAGUGGAAUGGGCUGACCCAGUAGAGGAGCCAGAUCCAGAAGUCAUGGCAAAGGUGAAAGUUCUAUUUGUGAGGAAUUUGGCCACUACAGUGACAGAGGAAAUAUUGGAGAAAUCAUUUUCAGAGUUUGGAAAGCUGGAAAGAGUGAAGAAAUUAAAAGAUUAUGCUUUUGUUCAUUUUGAAGAUAGGGGAGCAGCAGUUAAGGCCAUGAAUGAAAUGAACGGAAAAGAGAUAGAGGGGGAAGAAAUUGAAAUAGUGUUAGCCAAGCCUCCAGAUAAGAAAAGAAAAGAACGCCAAGCUGCCAGACAAGCCUCUAGAAGUACUGCGUAUGAAGACUAUUAUUACUAUCCUCCACCUCGUAUGCCACCUCCUAUUAGAGGCCGAGGUCGUGGAGGGAGAGGCGGCUAUGGCUAUCCCCCAGAUUACUAUGGCUAUGAAGAUUAUUACGAUGAUUAUUAUGGCUAUGACUAUCAUGACUACCGUGGUGGCUACGAAGAUCCUUACUAUGGCUAUGAUGAUGGCUAUGCUAUAAGAGGAAGAGGAGGAGGAGGAGGAAGGGGUGGGCGAGGCGCACCUCCACCACCUAGGGGGCGGGGAGCACCACCAUCAAGAGGUAGAGCUGGCUAUUCCCAGAGGGGGGCACCCAUGGGACCACCAAGAGGAGCCCGGGGCGGGAGAGGGGGCCCUGCUCAGCAGCAGAGAGGACGUGGUGCUCGUGGAGCGAGGGGCAAUCGUGGGGGCAACGUGGGAGGCAAGAGAAAAGCGGAUGGGUACAACCAACCUGAUUCCAAGCGCCGUCAGACCAACAACCAGCAGAACUGGGGCUCGCAGCCUAUCGCUCAGCAGCCGCUUCAACAAGGUGGAGACUAUGCCGGUAACUAUGGUUACAAUAAUGACAACCAGGAAUUUUAUCAGGAUACAUAUGGGCAGCAGUGGAAGUAAGACCAAUAAGGAGGGCAUGGGAAUAUUGACAAGAUAAAAAUUUGGCUAUAGUUUUACAUCCUUCCAAAAAAAAAAAAUUGGCUUAUUGUUCCAUACUUCAAUAGUGAUUGGCUGCCAUGUGUAUUGGGCUGAAGAAUCACUCUAUUAUGUAUAUAUUCAAGUCUUUUUUCCCCUCCUUUUCUCAUAAAUGCACUUGGACAUUACUGAGCUUGCAGAUUUCCCAAACAUAGUUUGGGGAUACAAUGCUUUUUAUCGUUUUAGGCUUCAUUUUAGCAGUUUUAUCAGCAAGGAUGGGCAACACUGUUAAAUCAUGAUUUUUGCAAACCUUCUGUUUUUGGACAGUUUCUUUUCUUUCUUUUUCCCUCUUUUCUUUUUGGAUUUGGGAUAGAUUACGUAGGCUUCUGCUGUACAUAAAAUAAAGCUAGUACUUUGUCUCCGUAGUUUUAAAGAAUUUAAAAAAAAUUAAGUUUUCUUGUAUUGAAAAUAACAUGAUUGUAUGUUUUGCAUUCCUAGAAGUAGGUUAACUGUGUUUUUAAAUUGUUAUGACUUCACACCUUUUUGAAAAUCUGCCCUACAAAUUUGUUUGGCCUAAACGUCAAAUCCGUGGCAAUUUGUUCCUUGAUGUGAUUGUAUUUCCAAUUUCUUGUUCAUGUAAGAUUUCAAUAAAACUCAAAAACCUAUUCAAAACAUUACCUAUUUCAAAUUCCAUUGUGUCCUAAAAGAUUAUUUUAUUGGUAAUCCUUGCAAGAAACAUUUUUUAAAAAACUGCCUAUGUGAGUGAUCAAAUUCAUGAAAAAUUCUUGCGAUUUCCAACAUUUGGCAUUGGUGGCAUGUGAGUCAGUGCUAGGUCCAGUAAAAUCAAAUUGAAAUGUAUUAAUUGAUACUGUAAUCUGGUUGCAUUUAACAGUGAAUUGGUUGCUUUCUUAACAACUUUUAAGUACAUCUGAAAACUUGCAUUUAAGCCCUUUUUCAAUCAGUUGCAAAAGAUACUGUGUAUGAAGACAGCCCAUAAAUUUAACCUAUCUCACAUUAUUCAUAUGGAUCAUAUCCAAUACCUCCAGCACAAUUGGAUAAUUCUCAACUGUAAAACAACAAUAACAUGGUCAGUUUUACCUUAAAGAGACUGAUUCGAACAAAGAUAUGAAUUUGGUUGUAAAUUUUUAAACAAAUGUAAAAACUUGAUGUUAGAGAUAACUAAUAUUAAUAAAAAACAGAUAGAUUUCACAUCUUGUCAAAGGAGUGAUUUCAAAUGCAAAUUUCCAUUAAUUUGGGAUAUUGCUAGUUUUUUUCUACUCAGGCUAUUUCCAUUCAUUUUUUGUGUGAACCAUUUUGUAUUGAUUUUUAACAUACGUUUGAUUCUCAUCUCAUGCUUGUUUCAUCUGUUGUCUUUGCACUUUUCUAUGUUGCUGUGAUGUGCAUUUGGGAUUUUUUUGGGGGAAAAAAUCAGACAUUUGAAAUUUAUAAGAUUGGCCAUCCUGAAUUUUCAUAAUAAAUAGCCCCUUAUUUAUGGAUUUGCAUUUGAUUAGAUCAUAGAGAAAAAAAUCAAGUAAUUGGACUUGCUUCAGGCUUUUUCUGAUAGGAAGAAUUAGUGGUUUUCUUCCUACAUUUUGUUGAGGGUCAAGAAGAUAAUUGGGUUUGUAAUUCAUUGUCUUGAGAGAAGAAAAUGUUUUUGAAAGUUAUUUUUUUGAAGGUCAGCCAGUAAGAGUGGAGAGGCCUUUUUAAAAAAAAAAAUCCUAAAUCUAAACUAUGUUGAUAGAAACUGACCAAUAUUAUGAUCAAAUGAAAUAUUGUAGCUAGAUGUAUUUAUUUUUAUCUGAAUAAAGUUCAGAAUGUACACACUGAGGCUUUUAUAUGGCUUCAUGGCUGGCUUUUUAAUAAUUUUUUAAGUCUUUUUAAAAAUGGUUUAUCAAUUGUUUAGCAGUCAGCCCUCCCCUCCCCCCAGUUGAAUGGUAUGCUGAUCUAUGAAACAAACUGAGCUUUAAAUAUAUGCCUCAAUGAAAAAAAAGUCAUUAGUUCUUUUAUUGUUAUGGAUCAUAAAGACUGUAGAAAAAUAAGCAGCAGCUUUGUAUUGACAUGAAAAUAUCUGAAUCAGAAUUUAGAAGGAAUUGGACUUUUAAUACACACAUAUUGUUCUGUAAUGAGAAAUCUUGUGAUGUGUUUGUUAUUCUUACCAAAAUACUAAGCUGUAAAAAUCCUCAAAGCAAAUGCAAUUUUAUGUGCUGUAUUUUUUUAACUUCUGGUAGCCCUUCCAAGUAGCAUAACAUACAUACUUGGCCUAACUUGAUUGGUAACACAAACUGCAGUUCCAUCUGUCCAGUAAAUAUCAUUUCAGAUUUUAUAUUUUAAAGACAGAAGUAUAUUGUCUGAAUAUUUCAGUGGUAUCCAUAUUCAGUCAAGAGGCGCUAAAGACUUUUCAGUUUUUCAAUUAUAUACCAUGCACUAUGGCUUAAAGAAAUGCACAUUUUAGAUCCUCUUCUACUAAUAACUAAAAAUUCAAGUGCAAUCCAAAAUAUAUUUUGUUGAUUUGUGUCUUGACCUUUGUUCAUCAAAGCAAUCCGAGGGAAGAAAACUCCUAUUAUGCAAGAAUCUCAUGCCUUUUUGUCUUCAAGAUGGGGGAGGAAUCAUGAAAUGGGAUAUUUGAUCACUCAUUUAUAGCAGUUGCUUCAAUGUCAUUAUUGACACCAAGGUGAUUUUGGAAACAAACAAAAAAACAAAACCUGAUGCCAGAGUUUUGGUACUUCAAAAACUUUUAUCCAAAGAUUUAUACAAAUUCUUAAUUGUUUAGAAUCCCACAUUGUCUCAUUAAAUGAGUUUCAACUCAAAAGUUAACCAAUUUCCUGAGAACCAUUCUUCAUGAAAGGAAAUGUCUAAAAACGUUUAAAGGUUUAAUUGUUCUAGGCUUAUAGUUUCUUUGGUAGAUUUGGGGUUUUUUUUCUCUCUAAGUAAUGAUACCAACUGUAGUAACAUAAACUAUUUUGAAAAUAUUUCUUCAGAAUUUCUGUUAAAAUCCAAAAGAAUUGGGAGAACAUUUUAAGUUUAACAAAUCCACUGUGAAUAACUGCCUCGUUUAUCAAAGCCUGUUUAUAUUUUCACCCUCUGCAUCUGUAUGCCUUUCUUUGAACUCAUUUGCAUUUUAAACAUUAAAAAAACAUGCUUAUAAGUAAAGCUAUAAUGAGCAAAGUGAGGAAAUUAUGAAAAUAUCUUCAUAUAGAAGGGAGAUCUUACAAUUGGAGUCUUUAUGCAAAAAAACAAACCUUGGAACUUCAUUAUGGCUUUUUUUUGCCUUGGCUGUGCAUGAUUUGGAUUCUUGUAAUUGUGAACAAAUGAGCCAGAAUUUUUUCAACGCUUGCAUAUAAUCUCUCAAUUUAAAUUUGGAAUUAUUUCAUAAAAUAUUAACAGACAAAACUAAGGUUUGUCUCUGAAUUGGAUUCUUAAUGCCUCAAAGUUUUGUAAGGCCAGAAUUACAGGCUGUGAUUCUCAUUUCUCUCAAAAUGGAGGUUUCUCUUAGGGCAAACAUGUUGAGCUGUUUUACAUAGCAAAUUUGAUCGUCUUACCAAAUACAGACUGGCUCAUCAAGAGGCAUGUGAUUUUUGUCCCAAGAGGCAUACCGUUGGAAUGGAAAAACUAUU